AUACGGUUAUACUCUUUGGCCUAAAAGAGAUGCCCUAAAACCCACAUCCAUAACCACGCCUCCGUCACUGAGCUGUAAAACCCUCACAAAACCUUCCUCUGAUUGCUACCAGCUGUUUUGCUUUUUUAUCAUCAAUGGCGUUCAAGAACCAAAAAGACAGUCAAUCGAACAAGAGAAAGAGAAUUCCAGGCGCAACAAAAGGCGAUGAUGGAGGCAAAUUCAGUCCGAAGAAGAAACUUAGAACACCCUCCAACAAUCAACCGAACAAGGGUUUUAAGAAACCCUUUGACUCCAAGGCUGCCGGUCAAUCUAACAAGGGUUUUAAGAAACCGUUUGAGUCCAAGGCUGCUGCCGGAAAACCUAAAUACAACAAAUCGGAUACUUCUCAGGAUGCGCCCAAAACGAAGCGAGAACUUCGUAUACAAGCUAAGGAACUUGCUGAAGCUAGGAAGAAAAAGAGAAGGCCUCAUUACACUCUUGAACAAGAGCUUGCUUUACUAUGGGAGAAAAUGAGACGUCGCAAUAUAGCAAAGGAAGAUAGAUCAAAGUUGAUUAGUGAUGCUUUAAGGAGGAUGAAGGGUAAAAUUCCCGAAAUUGCAGGCUCCCAUGUUUCUUGUCGCGUACUUCAGACUUGUGCUAAGUAUUGCUCAAAAGAAGAAGGAAAUGCUGUUUUUGAGGAGCUUCGACCACACUUUCUCACCCUAGCUUGCAACACUUAUGCAGUUCAUCUCAUUACAAAGAUGUUGGAUAACGCCUCAAAGGAACAACUUGCAGGGUUUAUCUCUUCUCUUCAUGGGCAUGUUGCUUCACUUUUAAGACAUAUGGUUGGUUCAGUUGUUGUUGAACAUGCUUAUCAAUUGGGAAAUGCCACUCAAAAACAAGCUCUUCUCAUGGAAUUAUACUCAACUGAACUUCAGUUGUUCAAGGAUUUAGUAUCAUUAAAAGAACGCAGGUUAGUGGAUAUAAUUUCAAAGCUGAAUCUUCAAAAAACAUCAGUAAUUAGACACAUGUCAUCUGUGAUUCAACCGAUUUUGGAGAAAGGAAUAGUGGAUCACUCUAUUUUACACAAGGCACUUGUGGAGUACCUUACAGUUGCUGAUAAGACAUCUGCUGCAGAUGUUAUUCAACAUUUAUCAAGUGCACUUCUUGUAAGAAUGAUUCAUACAAAAGAUGGAUCCAAGAUUGGGAUUCUUUGCAUCAAGCAUGGAAAUGCCCAGGAAAGAAAGAAAAUUAUCAAAGGAAUGAAAGGUCAUGUCAGUAAGAUUGCUCAAGAUAGAUUUGGGAGUAUGGUACUCACGUGUAUUCUCUCUGUUGUUGAUGACACUCGGUUAAUAAAAAAGAUCAUAAUUCGUGAACUCCAAAAAGUGAUAAAGGAGCUUAUUUUUGAUAAGAAUGGAAGGAGGCCAUUAUUGCAGCUUCUUCAUCCAAACUGCUCACGUUAUCUCAGUCCAGAUGAUUUGUCUUUAUUAGAUUCAUCUAUACCUUCUUUACUUAUCAAGGGCGAUUUGGAAACAGAAGCAGAAGCAGAAGAAAAUGUCAAAUCUUCAGAAGUUGAAGAAGAUGAAGAUGAAGUUGAAGUUGAAGAAGAUGAAGAAGAGAAUGUAAAAACUGUGACAGGUGGCAAAAAAGAUCCAUUACUAAGGAGGCGAGAACUUUUGGUUGAUAGUGGACUUGCUGAGAGUUUGAUUGAUGCAUGUUGCGAGAAUGCUGAGGAAUUACUUCGAUCGAAUCAUGGGAAAGAGGUCUUGUUUGAGGUUGUUACAGGGGGUGCAGAUGGAAUACUCCACCCACAAUUGGAUGAAAAAUUGGAAUCUUUAUAUGAAACAAUAGCAUCGAUUGUAGCAAUACCUAAAUCAAAAGAAGAAGAAGAAGAAAAAGAACAUCUUCUAGAAGAUUUCCAUUCUAGUAGAACAAUAAGAAAAUUGAUCAUAGAUUGCCCUUCAUUGGCUUCCACUUUAUGGAAAAAAGCUUUCAAGGGAAAUUGUAAAAUGUGGGCCCAAGGUCACAGUGCGAAAGUCAUUUGUGCAUAUUUGGAAAGCUCGGAUUCAAAGGUGGUUAAAAUGGCAAAACAGGAGUUGCAGCCGUUACUAGAUAAAGGUCAAGAAGGUAAUUUCAGCGCCUCGUCUCAAUCUCUCCGGACUCGUAUCUUCCCCGUUGCUUGUCUCGCUGUUCACAACUUUUCUCUCUCCAGAUUCGAUUUAAUCGAGAAUUACACAAACAAAAGGUCGUUGAGUCGCGAAUCAGCGAGCUUCUGA